UAGCUAAAACCUGAAGAAAAGCCUUCAGUUUUGACUCUAAGUGCUAAAACCAUUAACUUAAUACUAGUUUGAUCAAUCUGUACGUACGUAGCCAAAUAAUUGCUUCGUCCUCUAGCUUCUUUCCUGUGUGUAAAUGGCUUUUCAUCUUCUAUACCUUCUUUGCUUCAUCCUUCUCGCGCUUCUCCCUUGUUCCACCAUGGCUCAAACGUCGAAAAACAUAUCCUUAGGCUCAUCCCUCACUGCACAAAACGACGAUAACUCCUCCUGGCCAUCCCCAUCUGGUGAGUUUGCUUUUGGUUUUCGACAGAUUGAGAAAGAUGGUUUCUUACUAGCCAUCUGGUUCGAUAAAAUACCAGAGAAAACAAUCGUGUGGUCAGCCAAUAGGGACAGCCUUGUGCCACAAGGAUCAAAAGUUGAGCUCACCAGUGGUGGCCGAUUUGUGCUCAAUGAUGCAAAGGGCAGUCAAAUAUGGUCUGCCAAUUCUUCUAGUACCGGUGUUUCCUAUGCAGCUAUGCUCGACCCCGGAAAUUUUGUGCUGGCUAACCGAAACUCCACCUACUUGUGGGAGAGUUUUGAUCACCCAACUGACACAAUGCUUCCCACACAGAGUCUACAACAAAGUGGCAAACUUUUUGCUCGCUACACGGUGACAAACUACUCGACAGGUAGAUUCAUGUUUUCACUACAACCUGAUGGAAAUCCCAUGCUUUACACAACAAAUUUCCCUCAAGAUUCUGCCAAUUUCGCAUAUUGGUCAGUCAAAAAUACUGAAAUUGGAUUUCAAGUCAUCUUCAAUCAGUCUGGCCUUAUUUACCUUACCUCGGAGAAUGGGACCAUACUUGAUACAAUAUCAGGCAAGCCCAUUGCAACGCAAGAUUUCUAUCAGAGGGCAGCACUCGACUAUGAUGGAGUUUUGAGGCACUAUGUUUACCCUAAAAGCAGCAGCACAAGCGGGGAAAGGUGGCCUAUGGCUUGGUCUACUUCCUCUUUCAUACCGCCAAAUAUCUCUUUGUCAAUUGUCGAAAAGGUAGGAAUCGGUGCGUGUGGGUUCAACAGCUUGUAUAGGAUUGAUAAUACUUGUGAAUGUCCAACUGGUUACAGUCCAAUUGAUCCAAAUGAUGAGCACAAAGGAUGCAAACAGGACUUCGUUCCACAAAGCUGCAACGCACCGGCGGAUGAUUUUGACUUUCAAGAGGUGCCAAACACAAAUUUUGCGGGUUUGGAUUAUGAACAAUUUCAAGGGAUGGCUGAGGAUCGGUGCAGACAGAAUUGCCUAGACGAUUGCUUUUGUGCUGUUGCCAUUUCCAAUGCCGCCGGAGAGUGUUAUAUGAAGGGACUCCCUUUUGUGAAUGGGUCGAUUGAUUCUAGUAUUUAUGGGACGAAAGCUCUUGUCAAAUUUAGGAAACACAAUUCUACUUCAAAAAAGAAAGAUGAUUCAACUUUGAUCAUUGUUGGAUCAGUGCUCCUUAGUAGCUUGGGCAUUCUGAACUUCAUCUUACCUCUGAUCACAUAUGUGGUUGUUUCUCGAAUGUAUUCUAGAAAAGCUGUGCCGGUUCAUCCUAAUUACCAAGGCAUGAACUUGAAGUAUUUCACUUAUGAGGAGCUAAAAGAAGCUACGAAUGAGUUCAAGGAAGAACUAGGCCGCGGUGCUUCUGCGACAGUUUUCAAAGGCGUUUUAGCGUGUGACGAGGGAAAAUGUGUUGCAGUCAAAAUUUUAGACGCGAAGCAGGUUAGAGAAAGUGAUUUGGAAUUCAAUGCUGAAGUGAGAGCAAUUGGGAGAACAAAUCACAGGAAUUUAGUCCAACUACUUGGAUUUUGCAACGAGGGGCAGCACCGAAUUCUUGUGUAUGAGUUUAUGAGCAAAGGUACACUAGCAAGCUUCCUUUUCGGAGACACAAGGCCAAGUUGGUACCAAAGAAGGCAAAUUGCAUUGGGUACUGCCAGAGGGCUCUUGUAUUUGCAUGAGGAGUGCAGCAGCCAAAUUGUACAUUGCGACAUUAAGCCUCAAAACAUUCUUCUAGACGACUCAUUCACAGCAAGGAUCUCUGAUUUUGGAUUAGCCAAGCUUUUCAGACUGGACCAGACUCGAACUACUACAGGAAUUAGGGGAACAAAAGGGUAUGUGGCCCCCGAAUGGUUCAAGAACUUACCUAUCACAGCAAAGGUGGAUGUCUACAGCUUUGGCAUUUUGUUGUUAGAGAUCAUUUGCUGCAGAAAGAAGUUCGACGAAGAAGCAGAAGAUGGAGAUCAAAUGAUACUUGCUGACUGGGCAUAUGACUGCUAUAAGCAUAAGAAACUACAUCUUUUGUUGGAGAAAAAUGAUGAGGCAAUUGAAGACAUCAAGAUGAUGGAGAAGUACGUGAAGAUCGCAAUGUGGUGCAUUCAGGAAAAUCCAUCACUCCGAACCACCAUGAAGAAAACCAUUCAAAUGCUUGAAGGAACUGUCGAAGUCUCAAAACCACCAGAUCCAUCUGCUUACAGAAGUUCCAUACUUUUAGACCCUGCACAUUAGUUUGUGAUCAAUUCAAAUUAUUACAAUAAUGUUUGGCAAUGCAUGUAUAAUUUUUGGGAUUACUGUUUAAGAUUUCUCAAUGUAAAGAAUAUUAAGGGUAAAACUGUAAGUGAUACUUGCUUCAGGUUGUAUAACAAUAAUCAAUUUAUGUUGCUCUAAGUGAGUAACAACCCCGAA